AUGGCCCAACCCAUCUACUAUCCCAACCCUCCUCUCGCCGGUCGGCCCCCCUUUGCCACGGAUGAGCCCGACUCUGUCUACGCGCAACCCAGGCAACAACAGACGUGGAUGAGAGAGCCCCAGGUAGAUCCAAACGCGAGAUCGUCCGCCUAUAACCAUUAUGAUCAAUACCUUGAUGGCAAUCAGUCAAACCACAACUUAAACUACAACGAAGAUGACCGACAGCAUAACAAGCAUGCAGCGUUGGCUGCCGCCACCCAACAACAGCAAUCUGUUCCUCUUGCUGCUCCACGCCCGGGAUAUCCAGCUCCCAUCGCUGCUCUGAACUUGUCGCGUCCAUCUCCUACAGCCACUCCCGACGGUCGUCAAGCCGCGAACUCCGACAUGCCUCAUCUUCCUCCUGGGCUACGUCCCUCAGGAGGAGCGAAUGGUGCAUCGCGUCCCCAACCUGCUUUACUAGCGAUCCCCCCUCCGGCGCCUAUCUCUGUCCCCAGCACACCUCACCCCCUCCCUCCAACCAUGACCCCUAUUCAGCCAAUCUUCGCUCGCCCCGCGAAGGGCUCGGCCCCUCGCGAUGUAAAGUGGGGUGCUGAACCCAUCAUUCGUGGGAACUCGGAGGAGACGCUCCUUCCUAAGCGUGGUGAGAAAGGCGAUGAUUUUUGGCGUCGUUUCAGCAUGAUUGCAAAUGAAGAGAACAAGAAACCGUCCACUCAAAAAAAGAGUGCAUGGUUGCGCAAGACAGAGAAUGGCACAAGCCGCUUGUCUCGCUGGGUCUGGGUCAUUGGUUUUUUCCUUCUCUGUAUAGGUCUUGGAGUCGGUCUGGGCUGGUACCUGUCACAUAACAAGCCCGCGCAUCAACUUCCCAAAGCCUUUGGCGGAAGCGCAAACGAGACAUUGACAGCGGGAACCGCACCUGCGACCGUUGCAGGCGGUGCAAAAUCGGCCUCCUCCCUUCACGUAUCGCCUACACAUACUGUCGCCCGCCGAGACGCCUUCCCCGGUCCUAUGCCCACCGGCUCAACCAUGCAGCUCAUUCACAUUACUCACAACUUCGGCGAGUCCCACAACACCACUAACAGGCAUGCAAGACGACAUCUCAGCCGCAUGGAUCUGCAUUGA